AUGGCCUCCCUCCGACUCCAAGGGUUUCCAUCACUCCUUCGAGGUCAAUCGCGCCUGCUGCGCAACACGCAACGUCGAUGGGCGCAAGUCCACGAUGCGCGCUUCCUCGCCUCACACCACGACCCCAACCAUGUGCUGGACAAGUAUCGGUCCAAGCUGGACCAGAAGGCUAAGCAAGAGGGCCACCAAUCGAUCGAAUCCCUGAAAGAUGCCUACAGCGAGAAGAUCCAAGAAUUCCGCCAGAAAGCCUCAACCGUCGUAACCCCAGAGACUGGCGCUCCGUCACCGAAAAAUGCCGUUCCACAAACUCCUCCUCCCCCGCCCAAGCAAUCCCCCACCGCGCAAGCGGCCCGCGCAGCAGCCUCCGAUAGCUCUAGCGGAGUCAAGCCGCUCGACUCAUUCGUGGACGUGGAGAAGAUCCGCGAGCUGCCGCCAAAGGAGAUCGAGGCGCUCUGGCGUCUGCGACACGCGAACAACCCGACCUCCAUCUGCGCCGUGAUUCCACUGGAAACGUACCAGCGCAUCGCCGAGGCAGCGCGCCAUAACCCGCAAUUCAUCCUCCCGCUGCCGCGCCAGCAAACAGACCCCAAUUCCCCAGACCAGCCGCAGCAAACCCCGGACGGCGCGACUGCCACCACCAACGCCGACAUCCACUUUCUACACGGGGGCUCCGCCACGGCUCAGGCUGGGGCCGGCACGGCCAACACCCACACCUCCACCGUGAUCUUCACCGGCCUCGGCGCAUACAAGAUGCACGGCUCCUUCGCGCAGCCGCACACGACCGUCACUCACCAUCUCGAUCUCGCCGAUGACAAGGGUCUCGUCCUCAUGCACGGCCAGGUCAUGCCAGACUCCGGCGUCUCCACGACGGAGGCGACCUGGCUGGUUAGCUGCGUGCAGCGAUUCUAUGACUUUGACGGCCAGGCGAGCGGCCGGAAGGGCGAGCUAGUGCGCAUGUUCACGCGCGGCGAUGUUGAGAACUUCAAGGUUGAAGAGUUGCUGGAGGAGACGGAGAGAGUCAACUAA